UGAUUAAUACUCAGAGAAUCCACUCAACCGAUCCUCACUUUUACAUGUCAAAGCAGGUCUUCCUCUUUCUUUCUUUCAUUAUUUGUUCUAUUCCCUUUUAGCAGAGUCCACAAUUCUCCUCACUUUUGUCAUCCUUCAAGCGUUUUCCAGCUUGAGCUUUUCCUCUGCCGGUGAGAUCUAGUUUAAAACGGCAUGGCGGCAGAUGAAGAUGCUAACGUGUCCACUACAAAGUCUCAGCUUGGUCAUUCACAUGAAACAUGGAAGCCGGAGAUUGAAAGAAGCCAUCUCCAAGUGGAUGUAUUGCAAAUAGAACUUACAGAGGCAGAGGCUUGCAAUCAGGGUUCAGAUGUAGAUGCAAAAAAGGAGUUGGAGGUUCUUUGGCGAAGAGUCAAGACUGCCUCUACAAUGUUGACAUACUUAAAAUCAAAAGCUAGGCUCAUGGCUGUUCCUCAUUUAGCCCAUACAUCUUGUGGCAUCAAACAAUUAGACGGGGUAGGCUUUGUUGACAAAAAUGGGGUACCAAUAUCAGGUUGGUCUGGCAAUGUUGAUCUUUCUUCAUUUGAUGACACAGAUGAAGAAUCUUGGAUGGGAAUUAGCCAUCAGCAUGGUUCCUUAGAUGAACACGAUACAGCUUAUAUAGGUGAGCUACUCGAGUCUGUACAGAUGGUCGCAGAUGUGAUGGAAGCCCUUGUCAAAAGGGUUUUAUUGGCCGAGUCAGAAACUGCAAUAGAGAAGGAAAAAGUAAGUACAAGUCAGGAAGAAAUUAAGAGGAAGUCAACCCAGUUAGAGAACAUGUCUACGAAAUUAGAAGAGAUGGAGCUUUUUGCUAUGAAUACAAACAGUAUUCUAAAUGAGAUGCGGCAGAGAGUUGAGGACUUGGUGGAAGAAACAAACAGACAGAGAGAGAGAGCUGCUGAAAAUGAAGAGGAACUUUCAAGAGUGAAAGGAGAAUUUGAGUCUCUGAAAUCAUAUGUCAGUGGUUUAAUCACAGUUAGAGAGACCUUGCUUUCCUCGGAGAAGCAGUUUCGAACUAUUGAGAGGCUGUUUGAAAAGCUAGUUGCAAAGACUACUCAAUUAGAGGGUGAGAAAAUGCAGAAAGAGGCCGAAGUUCAGAAACUUAUGGAAGAGAAUGUCAGAUUGAGUGCACUGCUUGACAAGAAAGAGGCUCAACUUCUAGCAUUGAAUGAACAAUGUAAGGUAAUGGCCUUGAGUGCUUCAAACAUGUAAAUGCCAAUGCACCUUACAUACUGGUUGCUGGAGUUAUCCAAGUGAAGCUUCACUUGAUAAAGAACUUGAUCAAGGUCCUCUCAUCCAUAAGAGGCACUGAAAAAGGGCUAUCCACAAACAUCAUUAAUGCCUUUAUUUUAUUUUCUGGUGCCAUUUAUUGUUGUUGAAACUGAACGUAGAAAAUACUUGUGCUUGGAAUGUAAACUUGGCGUGCUCUUUUACGGGGCAGGAAAAAAAAUGAGAAUGGGAGUGUCUCUUUGCUGUAAAUGUUGGAGACCGAAUCACAAACCUUACAUCAUAGAUAUUACCGAGUAAUAUUUGUUUAUAUAUAGAUUAAAAUACUUAUUUUAA